AUGUGUUUAGGCUUCCCUCCUCCUCCUGCUGCUAGUUGCUCCUCAGACUCCUCCCCUCGUUACCUGGAGGACCAGAACCCGGGCGACCCGGUGGAGCUCAAGAAGAGCAGCCCGCACCACCUGGAGGCGGAGCUGCAGAGGACGAGGGAGGAGCUUCAGAGCCUGAGUGACAGGUACAGGAGGCUCCAGGAGGAUUUCUCGAGCUCUCAGCAAACCAGCCAGGCUCUGGAGGAGAAGCUGCACUCUGCUGUGCUCAGCGUGGAGCUGGAGAGGAAGAAUCAGAACCAGAGGAUCUCGGAGCUGAUGGAGCAGCUGUGCAGCGCCCAGAACACCAUCUGCACACUGGAGACCAUCAACAUCCCAACUCUGCUCCAGCAAGUUCUGGGAAAACACUUCCUGGAAUUGGAAGACCACAUCGACCAAUCCCUGCUCCCUCCCGCCCCCUUCAUGGACCCCGCCCACUCGGAGCCGGAGCUCCGCCCCGCGGGGCUGAGCAACCAAUCCCAGGGCAGGAUGGGGCCGGUCCCGGAGGAGGAUGAAUCGGAUUGGUUGGAGAAAGGGGGGGAGGAGUCGGUGAGGGCUGGGCUAGGAGGGGGAGGGAGGGCCAGAGUCACUGCCUUCUCCCCCUGGAGUGACCUACAGCAGGAAGUCAGACCCCAGACCUCAAGAGAGAGCGAGGGUGCAACAGAGGAAGUGAGGAGAUUCUCUCACACCCUGAAGGUACCCCAUUUCGAAUUCUGCACGCCCCACGAAAGCCUGCCAGUGCCCUGCCUUGACGCCCCGGCGCCACGCGGUCCGCCCGCGGACGACCGCCGCGACCGGGGUUACUGGAACAGGCCCCGCGAAGCCGCCUCCCAAGCCCACAGGGGCUGUUCUGGCAGCCUGGCCUCCCCCCUCCGCCUCCUGUCUACCAGCCUGGAAGAAAUCCGCCUCACCGCCGGCCUCUCCCAGCACGGCCAGCCCGCAGACCGCCACCUCAAGCCCAGGGAAGGGCUGCAAGACCUGCAGCGGCCGCCCGGGGACAGCCCAGAGGACUCGGACGACUCGGAGAGUUUCCGCGGCUGGAGAACAAGCCGGAUUCCGGCGAGGAAGAGGGUCUGCGAGUCGGCGCAGAGGACGCUAGACGGUUUCAUCAGACAGUCGCAGCCCCCCCUGCUGGGGAAGCUGGAGCGCCGCCGCCCGCGGGGAGGGGGGAGGGCUGGGGUGUCUUGGGAUGAGGGGACGGAUUCCCAGGUCUCGGAAAAGGAGGAUGAGCUGGAAGAGGAGGAGGAGGAGGAAGGGCGACUAUGGCACCCCGCGCUCGGGCCUGCACGAGAGCGCACGGGAGCGGGGGUGCCGGGGAGUGGGGGUCCCAGAGGAACAUGGAGGUGAUCCCGGGAACGGGGCGGGCCAUUAUUCCGGAAGGGAUCUGCUGAAGGAAGCGGGAUUGGCUUGAAUGGGAUUUUUUCGGUUUGUUUGACAGACCUUGCCGUUUCUCGGACUGCGCAGGGUUCAGUGCGAGAUCCACAUUGUGCUUAUGUAGGUUUGAUCUUUCGGUUUUGAUCCUAAAAUUCUAGGCACUGCCAUAGCUGUACACUGUACUGAUACCUCCUUAAAAUCUAUAUGUGUUUAUAUAUAUAU